CCCCCGUGUGGUCAGGAAAAUGACUUGGCCGUGAACCGAUAUUUUGUUUUUAUCAUUUUUUCCUGUAACAUUGGCUGUAAAUUGGUGUAAUAAUGUUUCCCCUACUACGAAGGUCUGCUUUAGAAGCUUUAAAGUUCACUUGUGUGCGAAACUUAAAAAUGAAAGGUGGACUCUUUGAAGCAAGUAAAGCAACGUUUGUUCCGGCUGCUACUUUGAAGAACUUGCAACCAGUAAACACAUUUGAUGAUGUUAUUUUGCCAGAGAAACGCAAGCUCAAGUUCUACAACAAAGUUCCCAAGAGGACACGAUACAAAAAGUCCUUCAGGAGUUUGGUCCAAAUCAGAGGGCCGUCCGAGGUGGCCAAUAAACUCAAACUUGGCCAGUAUGGCGUGGUGGCACGGAGUGGUGGAUACUUACAUCAUGGUCAUUUUGAGAUGAUUCGACUGACUAUCAAUCGUUUCAUAGAUUCAGACCGGAUGUUUGCACGAUGGAGAGUUGAUCCGCCUCAUAAGCCAGUCACUAAGAAGGGACAAGGACAACGUAUGGGCGGUGGCAAGGGUAACGUGGACCACUAUGUCACCCCAGUCAAAGCUGGACGAGUCAUCUUUGAAGUCGCCGGCAAAAUGGAAUUUGAGGAAAUAGAGGCACUCCUCACCCAAGUUGCUAAGAAGUUGCCGUUUCGUUCUGAAGUCAUGACAGUCCAGAGCUUAGAAGCAAGGGAGAGGAAACUGAAGGCGAUGACGGAGAAUAAUGCCAAUCCUUGGACUUUUGAAAAAAUCGCGGUCGGAAAUUAUCUCGGAAUUUCGAAUCGUCUUGGACCAUAUGAUUACAAGUGGUUUGGGGAAUACAGGUGAAAGGGUGCUGUUAAUCAGGAGUGCAGGUCGAGGGAAGAUGGGUUCAAAUUCACUACCUGUCCCAACAACAUGAACUGUUUGGAUGUUUUGCAUUGGUUGCCAAGCGCUUACAGGCACUGAGCACGUUUGGU